AUGCGACGGCGCAUCUCGUCGAGGGACAGUUUCUCUCGCAGCGGCUCACAACAGUCAGAGAAACAUCAGCCGCAGCAACAACAGCAGAACCCGGAGACCACACAGCAACAGGACUCCACAUCACUCACAGCAGCAGCUGCAGCGUCAGGUGUAGGCGCAGCAGGCAAGGGCGAUUGUCCUCCUGCCGUCUUUAGCUCCACUGGAAGGAAUGGCACGCGAGAUCAUUUCUUACAGGCAGACAGUCUCAAAAACCAAGAAGUAGACAUUUCUCGUGACGGCGCAGACGCUAGCAACAACAGCGUCAGAGCGUUGCUGUUAGGCAGGCCGCCUCAGGCGCGUGCUCCCUGUCCAUUUCCCUCUGACUUGCUGCCUCUUAUGGAGGCCCCGGUAGCCGAGAGGCCGGAGCUGUUUCGGAAGAAGCUUGCAGCAUGCUGCAUCGUUUACGAUUUUGAAUCGCCGGAUUUCGCGAGAGAUAAAGACUUGAAGAAGCAGGCCCUCGUGGAGAUAGUCGAGUACGUGAAUAGCACUCGUCACUGCUUCUCAGAGCAGGUGCUGCAGGACGUGAUGGACAUGGUUUCCGCGAAUAUAUUUAGGCCUUUGCCGCCAUCACAGCACAGAGGGGCUGCGCUAUUGGAAGCUGAAGAGGACGAGCCGCAGCUCGACAGCUCUUGGCCGCACAUCCAGAUUGUUUAUGAAUUCUUCCUUAGAUUUAUCGUUUCAAACGACGUCAGCGCCAAACUCGCGAAAAAGUUUAUAGACCAUCAGUUUGUCCUCAAGUUUCUAGAGCUUUUCAGCUCAGAAGAUCCUCGUGAGAGGGACUAUUUAAAAACAAUCCUUCACAGAAUAUACGGCAAGAUAAUGGCCUUAAGGUUUUUCGUGCGCAAGAGCAUCCAGCAGGUUUUCCACCGCUUUGUGAAUGAGCAAGAGUCUCCCAAUGGCAUUUCAGAGCUCCUUGAAAUUCUUGGCAGCGUCAUAAAUGGAUUUGCAGUUCCCCUCAAGGCUGAGCACAAGCUCUUUCUCGAACGCGUACUGCUGCCGCUUCACAAGGCGAGGUCUCUCGGGGCUUUCCACAAACAGCUCACUUAUUGCAUGGAGCAGUAUGUUGCAAAGGAGAGCCGUGUGGCGGUGCCAAUUAUAUUAGGGAUGGUCCGUUUCUGGCCGGCGUGCAACGCUCCAAAAGUUGUGCUGUUUCUCAACGAACUAGAGCACGUUUUACAGGAGACUCAGCUGCCUGAGUUCCAGGAAGUAAUGCUGCCUCUCUUUACUCGCUUGGCGGAGUGCAUUCAAUCGCCUAACUUUUUGGUCGCUGAGCGUGUCUUGUUUCUGUGGAAUAAUGAAAAAAUCGUCCGACUGAUAAACCUGAAUAGGCCGGAGCUUUUUCCAAUAAUAAUAGGAGCUUUGUUUCGGAGCUCACAGCAGCAUUGGAGUGUGACAGUGCACACUCUGACGUACAAUGUUUCUAAACUUCUGGCCCAGGCUGAUACGGCUCUCUUUGAUGAGUGCUCCAACAGAUUUGUGGCUGAGGAGAAGCGCCGAAAAGAACAGGAAGAAGAAAGGGCCCAGCGAUGGGCGGAGCUGGAAGCAGCAGCAGCAGCGGCUAAGGGCGGUUGGAGGGUAACUACAGACGGCGAAGAUCAGAAGACAGUACCCGCGCACUGA